AUGGCGCAUUUGGCUGCAGGCAUGAUGCGAGGGCGCUUUCUGCAGCAGCAUGCAUGCAUGUCCAUAGACGUCAUUUGAUUUUAAUGGCCUGCAGGAAAUUUGGCGUUACAACUCCAGACAUUAAGGCAAGAGAGAGAGGGAGAGAAAAAGAGAGCGGGGACACGGGGGGGGGAAAUCACCGCGUGAAAGAUAUUGGUUCAAGGAUAUCUCAUUUUCAACAUAUUUUUCUACUGGGACUUUAUCAACAAGUUACUGCGCCUUUAUUGCAUGUUGCCUGAGUGAGGGACUAUGGCAGCUCGCUUGGUUUUAAACUUUAGAUUUAGACUGAAAAUGGAAAUGUAUGCCUACUAGCUGGAACUGCCUGGGGAACUAUUACAUCAGACGAAAUGAUGACAGUGAUCAAAAUCUGCUUUUUGCUGCUCUAAAUCUAUUGAGCGACAGUUGCCUGUUAGGUUUCCUACCCCCUCUAAAUCACAAGUUCACACCGUUAAGGGGAACGGUCUACUUUAGUCGUGAAAAAAUAGAUAAGUUAUUAUAUCUGUGCAGUCAUAUAAUUUCGGGAACAGGGGGGUAUCACGUUUUCUUCUUUGAGAAAAUUGCCUGGGCGAGAGAGUGGAGUUGAGCUAAUUGUAGCCUAAUCCCUGGCCCAAAGGCGCUUGGGCUGCCCGGAGCAAGAAUUUUCUUUUUUAGCUCUGCUCUGUUAUUUAGAGACGGAUUAUUGGCUUUCUUCUUCUCAUAACAAACAACAGGGGCAGUUUCAUUUAGGCAAAAAAAGCAGACAAGAAGCCGAAAUACGAAGCAGGAUUCCAACAAGAGCGCACAUUUUUACGCGUAUUCAAAUAAGAGAAGGGGAAGGAGAUCAUCUCAUCUAUGUACAAGGAGGGAAGAAGCAUGUCACGGCUGUCUCUGACCCGGUCCCCGGUCUCUCCUCUGGCCACUCAGGGGAUCCCUCUGCCGGCUCAGCUGACCAAGGCGAACGCCCCGGUGCACAUCGAUGUAGGGGGACACAUGUACACCAGCAGCCUGGCGACCCUCACCAAGUACCCAGACUCAAGAAUCAGUCGUCUGUUCAAUGGCACCGAGCCCAUCGUUUUGGACAGCUUGAAGCAGCACUACUUCAUAGAUCGGGACGGCGAGAUAUUCCGCUACAUUCUCAGUUUCCUCAGGACCAGCAAAUUGCUCCUUCCAGAUGACUUCAAGGACUUCCACCUGCUGUACGAGGAGGCACGCUAUUACCAGCUGACGCCCAUGAUCAAGGAGCUGGAGCGCUGGAAGCAGGAGCGUGAGCAACGACGGAUGGCGCAGCCCUGCGACUGCCUGGUGGUUCGCGUCACACCCGACCUGGGCGAGAGGAUUGCAUUGAGUGGGGAGAAGGUCCUUAUCGAGGAGAUCUUCCCUGAGACUGGAGACGUUAUGUGUAACUCAGUCAACGCUGGCUGGAAUCAGGACCCAACACACGUCAUCCGCUUUCCCCUCAAUGGCUACUGCAGGCUCAACUCCGUCCAGGUUCUGGAGCGUCUUUUCCAGAAAGGUUUCAGCGUGGCGGCGUCUUGCGGAGGUGGCGUGGACUCAUCCCAGUUCAGCGAGUAUGUGUUGUGUCGUGAGGACCGGCGGAGUCUCUCCAUCAACACGCCCAUCAGGAUAAAACAGGAACCGCUGGACUAGAGCGUUCUGGGAGAGGGACUGCCAACCCCACCAAUACUCCUUCCAUCUUCUCACGCCACCCCACCCCACCUACCCCAGCCUCCUCCCUGCCCGAACAGGACCACAGCCACCCCCAACAUACCGAAGUAUUAGCAGUGGCUUGUUAACCUCGCCAGCUCUGCAGAACUCUAAGGGGAAUGUAGUACCAAACAAAGGAGAGAAAAAAGCAUCAGCAGCAAAAGUUUUUGAUUAUGUUAAAUGACGCCCAAAGAAUCUGGGACUGUGAUGAAAACGACGACAACAAAUGGACUCAAUAGCAGCUUACUUGAACCAUUUUUAGCACCAUGAUUUCUCCCUCUUCUUCUCAUAAAAAAAGGUGUCCUGACCAUUUUUGAAGUGACACAACUGCCCCCCUUCUUGAAUCCCAUUACCGCCCCCUCCCCCCACCCUUCUACCCCUCUUUUAGUGGUGUAUCAUCCGGUUCUGUCUCUGUAUGAGGCCCAUGUCUGGCCUGCUGUGGGACAAGAAAGCUUUGGCAGACAGGACGCUGUUAAGGAUGACAGGAAGAGGACAUAAUCCCAUCUCGCAAGUCCCCGGAAAGGCCCCAAUCCCCCCGACCCCUCGACCCUCCAACCCCAUCCCACCUCACUUCACAGGCCUUGCUACAGACGGCGGGGCCUCGCCGAAAACAGCAUCGUUUGCCAAAAUGAUUGUUUAUUACAAUUUUCAUUGUUGUUUCUAAAGUAUGUUCUUCUUGCUCCUUUUGCUGUUCUUAUCAUGAAAUGGUGUAAACAAUUAUUAUUAAUAGGAUUAUUUUUAAUGUCUCUUUUUUCCUUUCUCCAAUAUGAAGGAUGUAUGAACGUUGUAUUCAUUAGGCUUUGAGAGCUUGUGAGGGAGCGUUUCUUGGCAGUAGCUGCAGAAACUCAGAUGUCUGCAGGCUAUGUGGCUAAAGCGAUCUGGCUGGCAACGCAUUCAGAGCCAGAAAAAGUCCCAUUGUUCAAACGGGGAUAGACGAGAACCUGGAUAUUUCAAAAUUGUUUAUAGUCAAAUGUGUUGCACACAUACAAAAUUGCUCUGGAUUUUCUGCUUAUUAGCUCUAAAACAUAUCUCGGGUGUUUGCUCUUUUGCUCGUAUUUAGCAGAAGUUUAAGACAGUUUGAGUACAUUUUCAAAUUCAGGUUUAAACUUGCACAAGCUCUAAGUGUAUUGCAGUUUUGUUGAGUUAGAAUGUUAAAGACUUGAGGACCAACGUGGACGUUUACCAGUAUGUCGCGUGAUCAACAAGAGAUGUACUCUAAAUGCUUAAUGUUUCUUUGCACUUAAACAUUUCCUACAGAGCUGCCCUGCCCUGUUCCCACCCACCACUUGUUUGAACCCAGUGACCAGUGCCAAUCAAGCUGUUUAUCUUCUCACGUUAUUGACUAGAACAUUAAAACAUUUAAAACAAGCAAAAGUUACAACAGAACAAAUACUGUAGGUACCAAAGGUGACAAGGUGCCUAUUUUGUUGAUUGUACAAACAUAAAGGCGCCAUCUCUUUUUACAGUUUAUAGCUAAAAAAAGACACAAAGCAUUAUAAAAAAAAAAAACGUCAGAAGGCAACCAACAUUUGUUUCUCCAGGCCUCCAGUCUUUACAGUUUUGUUGAGAAUAGCUCACAGUACCUUCACAAAAAAGUUUGAGAGACAAAGUCUCUGUUUGUUUCAAUUUUGUCACUCCUAAGCCAAGAUUAUUUCGAUGGUUCUUCACAUGUAUGUGUGUCAGAACCCAAAGUGAGCUGUACUCCCAGCAUCAGCAUCUUAUUCACAAAGAGGCGAGUGGGUGGUGUUUACUCUAUCCUGCUCUCAUUCUUUUGGUCUUAUUUUCAAGAUUUCUGGAUCAAAGACAGAAACAAGAAAGGCCAAGUUGUCAUGCUUUGUAUUUGUGUAACUUACAGAUGCUGUUUCUUCCAUUCCAAAAGACUGAUGAAAAAAAGAAGAAGUCCAUUCUGAUCUUUGUGAGCUCUGGCCUUAGUUUGAGUUAAACUGGGGUUAGGUUUUUAUAAACUAGUUGUUUAUUAAAAAUGGGUGGUAGUUCUUCUGACCAUGUUGUAAUAUCUGCUCUCUCCGGAUGGCCGCUGAUUAAAUAAGGCCAAUGAGUGGAUAAAGAUGAGCUCGGUGUAAGUGUAGCUCCCAGUCCAGCUCACUCCUCCCUGGGGGUCUCCCUCACAAUCAAGCCCAUCUUUGUUCUGACCUGCCAGUGGCCUGCGCCUUUGCAUCCAGUCGCCUCAAAGGGAAUGGUCAACCAGGCCUUUCAUGUGCCGAGGCAUGUUGGGCUCUUCACAGCGCUCCUCGCCCCCCUCCGCCUCCCCGAAGGCUCCCAGCUCAGUGGUGCCAGUAGAAACUCGGGUUGCACCCCCUGCUGCUGUGUCAUCCCCAUGCCCUGUGUUUUUUUUUUUUCAAAACGCCCUCCUACACUGUGGCUCGCUGGACCACACUGCAACAAACCAAACUGAUGAGUCAAAUCUGAGCAUACACCAAACUUACAGUACUGUACAGCCGGGCGACUUGACUCUGCUGCUGAUCCUGAGAUAUUUGAUCCAGUUGAUACGAGGUGUGGAAACUCAUCUGGGUUAGUUCUUGAGGAAACGGGUAAAAAAAAAAAAAAAAAGAUCAGCGUUGUAUUAUAACCACACGUGCAAGAAUUACUUUUUUCAGGGAGGAAAGAAAGAAGGCAUAUUUUCUCACUGAUGUGGAAUUUGGAAAUCAUAGAAUGGGCGUUUAUUAGCUUUAAAAAGCUAAGGGGUCAUACACAUUAGAACAAAAACAUAAAUGGCUGUUCACACCUACAUAUAAAGUGAGAAAAAGGAACAAAAAUUGCAGUUUGGGGCUUCUGUCUGCAAUAACCAAACAUGGAAUAUCCCCUUUCGACUCUGCGAAUAAGUGCAGGUUAACUACAAAAGGUAGACAAACUCGACAGGACUGGAAACUUCAUAGACAUGUUCACACAUGCCAUCGUUUCAGAUGAAGUACCGGUCAGUGUUUCAGCCAGUUCAAAUGGCAUUCACUCCACCUCUAAGGCGGGUCAGUUGUACAGUUAUUGUAUAUUGAAUUAUCAGGACUCUGGGUUUUACAGGACCCUUGUGUUUUUAAGAAACCUCUUGGUCCUCUUCACAAAAAGAAUGAAAAUAAUUCAAAGCAUUACAUUGUGUACAUAUGGAUUAAAACAUGUCAAAGGGUAUAAUAAGGUGCAAUGUAUAUUAUUUAAAGUGUUUAAAACAAUUAGACUGUGGUAUUAAAGGGCAUGUGUUCAUUUACAGUGUCUCCAUUUGACUUUUCUUGCAUAUUUGCGAUAAUAAAAGGAUGUACUGAUGUA